AUGAUCAGGAACGGAAAUCGCUUGCUGUUCGACAGGUCCGGCACCUCGCCUCCGAGCAAGCGCAGCAUUAAUUUCUACCUCUCCGAACCCAUGUUCAAAAUGUUCAUCGGAUACUGCAUGAUCGCAGCUGCAGCCCCGGGGACAGUAAUCAACGACGGAUUCCUCGAUCUCAUCGACAUCCAUAUACCGGAUGGGACGAUUCUCAAGCCCUCCAUCCCGACCGAGAGUAUUGAGUUGGAUUAUCCGCUUCGCAUCGAAGCGAACCAGAGUGUUGCGGAUAGCGGAGGGGCGGGAUUCUAUCGUGGAGGGAAUGCGCAACGGACGCUGUACCGGUUCCUCUGUCGGGGAGAGUUUAGUCUUCACGAUGAUCAGUGGUUCACGAAGCCGUGGGGGAUUCGGCGAGGGAAACCAGGAUCUCGGUCAAGCAAGAUUCUAUAUCGAUAUUCGCUGUGGCAGAAUGACCCUCCGGUACAAAUUCUCCCGUCCAAGUGCGACCACGUUCGUGUCAAUCCGGGUGAUCUUCUUGAAUGGGUUACCUGGGGAGGGGGGCUCGAAGAUCCCUUGACUCGACCAGCGGAAAAAAUCGCACUGGAGUUCCAAAAAGGGCUGGUCACGGUCGAAGUUGCUCGCGAUAACUAUGGUGUUGUGGUCACACCGGAGGAGAAAGUGGUUGCUCACGGGGAGACCGAAGCCCUAAGAGAAGGGAUGAAAAAACUGCGGGAUGCAACGGGCCAGCGACCACAGUACGAUCGAAGCGGAUCCAUGGCCCAAUUGAUGGACACAUGCUUCAAUGAAACUGGACUCGACCCUCCUCGUCCGCAAUGGGAGUUAGAUCCUUAUGGACCUCAUGUGAAGCCACCGUAUGUGAGCAACUGGUUUUCGCACAUGCGGGCAGCUAAAGGCUGGGACUCGCUGUAA